AUGGCCGACUAUUUUGAGUGAGUUUUUUUUCGCCUUCGAUUCCCGGAAUUGCGGCAAGCGGGGGCGUUGCCCAUAUUUGUGCUAGUGCUCUCUGAUUUGGCGUUUUUUCGAGAUUUUUUUGAUUUUGCGGUAACUCUAUAACCCCCGUGGAGUAUUGUGAUGCUAAUUUGAAUACAAUAAAUUCCCUGAUUUAAUGAUUUUUUGAGGAAAAAUCGAAAUUUUUUUGAAAAAUUUUGACUUGCAACGAAUUUUUACUGCUUUAACUAACUACAAAGUUGGGAUUGAAAUUUUAUUUUUACUUGGCAACAUGGAGAUAUCAGGUUACAUGUUGUACUAUCAAAUUUUGUUUUCAAAAACAUCUUGUUUGCCAGAAAAUUCGAUUUUAUUUCAAAGAUCACUAUUUUUGCGUUGUUUUUGGUCAUAAACAGUGCAAAAGGUAAUGUUACAAUAAACUUUUUGCUGUUAAUUUUACCUUAAAUUUUAAAAUAGAGAUUAUCUCGCAUUUUAGAUACAAGAUCAGUCUUUUACAAUGCGCUCUAAAAUUAAACAAAUUAGAAAAAACGCGAUUUCUCGUUGAAAAUCAAAGAAAAUUGGAAAAAAAGUUUGUAAAAUACGAAAAAGAAUGCUCUUGUGAUAUUUUUUUGAGGACCAAUCUAACUUACUAACAAAGUUUGAUCAUAAUUGAGCAAAAAAAUCUCUUUUUUUAUUGCAUUUCUUUCAGAGAGCUCCGCUUCGGCGGCCCAUGUGGCGAUGAUGAACCCGAAGUCGCUUCCGGCGGUGAUGAUGUAAGUUGCCUGCAAAACAAAUCCUAGAAGGUCUUGCCGGCACAUUCCACAUUAUUUUAUCCAUAUUUUAGGGGUUUCUGUAGCUAAAAUCGAAAAAAAAAGAUUUUUGAAAUUUUUUGGAUUUUUCUUUCAAAGAUCGGUAAAAUACGAGAGUCUGAUAAUAGAUUUUGAUGUUCAGUAUGAACCACGGGAUAUUAUCAUCUAAAACAACAAAAAAUUUUUAAUGCCUAAGGCGGUCUUUCGCUAGAAUCUUAUAAAAAACACCUUUUUGGUCAAAACACAGAGAUUUUUCCUCAAAAAGGUCUUUUUACGACUAUAUUACUGUAACAAAUUCUAACCAUGAACACUUUAUGAUUUCAGGAGGCCAAGAAGAAGGCCGAAGAACGCGAACGCAAGAAGGCCGAGGUGCGCAAGCGGUUGGAGGAAGCCGGCUCCAAGAAGAAGGCCAAGAAGGGUUUCCUCACGCCCGAGCGUAAGAAGAAGCUCCGAGUAAGUCGUUUAUCUCCCAUUUAUGGACAUUCGAGUUAAUUUUAGGCAUUCUAGAAUGGAUUUUUGUGAUUUUAAGCAACUGAAAAAAUUGAUGUUUUCGUUUUUUGGUGAUUUUAAAAAACGAGAUUUUUUAAAAAAAUAGGUGUAAAGUUGCAAAAAAAGUGUUGAUCACAUUUAAAAAUUGUUCUAGAUAUUGUCUAUGGUCAUAUUUGGCAAUUAAAAAAAGGUAUUUUGGACAAAAAAAUCUCGUUUUUCAAAAAAAUUUCUUUCAAUUUUUUCUCUCAAAAAACCGUAUUUUAGUGAUCCACUAUGACCGGAAAAUCAUGCAAGCUUUACCUCUUGCCUCUAUAAACUCUACAAACAUGAUUCUAAUGAUUCCUCGCUUUUCAGAAAUUGUUGAUGAUCAAGGCCGCUGAAGACUUGAAACAACAGCAGUUGAAGCGCGAACAAGAGCGCAACCAAGUCCUCCAGAAGCGUAUCAUCCCUCUGCCCGAUGUUGACUCCAUUGAUGACAAGGGUAAGCGAUUUUUUGAGGGAAAAUGGGGUUUUAUUGGAGAAAGGGAGCUUAGUGUAAUUUUUGAUGUAAAAAGGAGUUUUUUAUAAAGUCUGGAAAGGUUUUUUUGGGCCUUUUGAGACAUUCUGAUGCUUUUCUAGCCAUUUUAAGAGAUUUUUGAAAAUGUGCUCCAAUGGCCCAGUGGUAGUGAGUUUUGUCAAAAUUUCGGGGCAAGUUCGAUCCCGGCUGGACCAAAGGUUGAGAAAUUAUUAAAAUAGCUCACAGAGCUCCUAUGUGACGUUACAUAAGUUAUUUUACAAACUGUUGCUGCUUUAGGUAAACUCGAAUCCAUCUACAACGAGCUCUUCUCCCGCAUGGUGCAGUUGGAAGAGGAGAAAUACGACAUUAACGCCCUCGUCAGCGAGAAGGACGCCCAGAUCAACGAACUCACCAUCGCCGUCAAUGACUUGCGCGGCAAGUUCGUGAAGCCCGCUUUGAAGAAGGUCUCCAAGUACGACAACAAGUUCAAGAAGGCGAUCGCGGCAGAGGGUGGCGCCACCACCGAGAAGGCCGACUUCCGCAGCCAGUUGAAGGUGGUCAAGAAGGAGAACGCCCUGGAUGUCCUCAGCAAGAAGGUAAGGGGAUAUGGGAGUUUGAUAAAGAGGGUUACUGUAGCUUUUAUUUGAGGGAUACGGUUAUUGAAGCUUCUAUUUGAAAGACAGGGUUACGGUAGCUUUUUUUCAGCAACAACAGAAAUCAGAGAAGCCCGAGUGGUCCAAGAAGGGUGGCGCCAAGGUCGGUGAAGCCCCACCAACGCCCGUCAAGACCGAAGGCAAGGCCGAGGACAAGCCAGCUGAAGAGGAAGUCGUGGAAGAGGAGGAGGGUAAGUUCAUGUCAAAAAAUAGUGUCAAAAACAAUAAACACACCUCCUUCAUCAAAAAAGACUUAAUUUUGCCCGAUUUUGCGCAAUUUCCACCUAUUUUUGGCUCUUGAAACAGAAUGCCAAAACUGCCGCGCCGCUGUAAAUUCAAGUUUUUUAGCAAUUAUGUUUUGAAACCUUUGUAUCUUUUUCAUUUGAACCGCCUUAAAUUCGAAUUUUACUGCCAUUCCAUCAAUUUUUACCACUUGCAACACAAUGCCAAAAUUUGCCGGAAAAUUUUUAAUUCAAAAAUUUUUCCCCAAAUGGCACGGGAGAGGGCGCAUUUUGAAUCAAAACAAUCCCUAACUCAAUGUGACCAAUUUUUGUGACAUUUUUAACACGUGAAACAGAAUGCCAAAAAUAGCGGGAAAUGCGGAAUUCAAAUUUUUUGUUUCUACACAAGCUCAAAAAUGAGAACUCUAUGAUCAUUUUGACUUAUUUUUAUCUUUAAAAACCAAAUUUCGAAUUUUUCCCGCUUGCAACACAAUGCCAAAAUCGCUGUUCGCUGUGAAACCCAAAAUAUCCAUUUUUUACAUACAAAAAUCCCGUAUUUUCAGGUGAAGAGGAGGAGGAAGAGUAA